AUGGGGGGAGAGGCUCACGGCGGGGGGCCCAACGGCGAGCGGCAGAAGAAGCGGGAGUACCUCAAGCCGUCCAAAUGGCUGGAGGUUUACUCUGGCUGGGCGUAUAAGCGCCCCGUGACGAUGUUUUUGGUGAUCGUGGUGGUUGUCAUCCUUCUGGCGGUCGCAGCUGUUGCAUCCAACUCCUUCAGCAUCAGUGAUGGGGGCAGCGAAUGGACUGUGAAGACCAACGAGCAUUCCCAACGAGAUGAGGCGAUCACACAGGCAGAGGAGCAGCUCGCAUCGCAAAUCGACGAGCGCAAGCGUAGCCAAGACAACUUCGCCCUGAAGCUUGCCUUCAUCUAUAAGGACAAAACAGGUGGAAUGAACAUGUUCACCCAAGAGAACCUGGAGAUAGUGAGAGAGGUUGAGAACACAUUGCUCAGAAACCCAAUGUACCGAGACUUCUGUGAGCUGGAUUACACCGAUGUGGACAACCCAACCUGCAUCACCCAGUUGUCGCCUCUUGGUUUCUUCUUCGAUUUCAGUGAAUCCGAUGGAUAUGGUGCUCAAAUUAACAGCCCAGAGGAGGGCCUGGCACUCCUCAAUCAGGAUAUUUUCGUGAACGGCUUCUACGUCGUCAAGGAAUUCCCCGAAAACAACAAUGCAUCAAGUUUGUACACCCAGAGCCUGUACUCCUUCGGUCUGCCCAUCGACAAGUACAACAACAGCAAGGAUGACGACGAUGAUCAGAUAGACUUCGUCUACGACAAUUUCCUGAAAGAUGUGGAAGAGGACCUCUGGGAACUGCUGGGCAUGGAGAAAGCAAACUUCUUCAGAACAAAGUACUCUGAUACAGGGUCCCUUCGGACUGUUGAGGUGGUGUGGGGAACUGCUGCGCUGGAGGCGGAAGAGUUCCUGCGGGUCAUCUUUUUGGACUUCACAUGGGCUGGCCUCAGUCUCGUUGGAGUGUGGCUGUACUUGAUGUUCCACCUAGGCUCCUUCUUCUUGUCAAUUGUUGGUGCCUUUGAGAUCUUCUUUGCAUUCCCUGCGGGCGCUUUCAUUUACAGGCAGAUCUUUGGGAUCGAGUUCUUUGCCCAGUUGCACAUACUUGUCAUCUUCAUCCUGCUUGGUCUGGGUGCCGAUGACGUUUUCGUCUUCACAGACGCCUUCAAGCAGUCAGAGUCCAUGCCUGGGGUGGGCAUCAACCUGCAGGAUCGCCUCCAAUACACUGCCCACAGGGCCUCCAAGGCUGUCUUUGUGACUUCGUUCACAACAGCUGCCGCAUUUUUUGCAUCUGCGACCUCUGAGCUGAUGCCUAUGGCGUCCUUUGGCAUCUUUGCGGGGCUGUGCAUCGUGAUCCUGUUCCUCUUCAAUGUGCUGAUCAUGCCUUGUGCUCUGGUUCUCUGGGCAGGGUACACACCGUACUGUGUCAAGAGGGUGUGUUGCUGCUGCAUACCGCUGUGCAAAAUGGAGUGCAUUAAGAAUACCCUGCCAUGCUGCACUUGCUGCCACAUAGAACCGGACAAGGGCUUUGAUAUCAAGUCAGGGAGACCGCUGUCAGUAAAGGUUUCAAAUACGGUGGACGGCCCUGUGUCCCCUGAGUCUGGUGUUGGUACUGGGAGCAUCGAGGGUGGAGUCAUGAGCGCCUACUCGGCACCUGAAAAGCAGCUCGUGGAUCGGCCGCCAAUUAGGAGGAUGCUCACUAUGGAGUCUGUGGCCCAAAUGAGGCCAUUGGAGAGAUUUUUCAAUGGACCAUACUUUAGAUUCCUGAAGGUGGCAAGGUGGGCGAUCAUUGCCAUUGGCGCUGUCAUGUUUGGCCUUGGUCUGUACUACAUCACUGAAUUCAGCCCUCCUAAGGAGUCAGAGCAGUGGUGGCCCAGUUACCAUAGCUUCCAGAAGCUGGCAGACCUCAGGGAACGUGGUGGACCCUUCCUGUCCAGGGACGAGGACGCCUUCUCCAAGGUGCACCUGGCUUGGGGCCUCAAGGGCUUCGACACCUCCUCCAGGAAUAUCUGGGACUCAGAAGACUUCGGGACAUUGGAGUACGACGAGGCCUUCGAUAUGAGUUCUCCAGAAGCACAAACACAUCUGCUUGGUGUUUGUCCAAGGGCCCGGGAGGCACCAUGCACAGCCAGCGCAUGUGACCCAGAUGAUGAUGGCAACAGAUUCCUUGUUCGUUUCGAUCGUUCCGUUCCCGACUCAUUUGAGCCAUGUUGGAUUGAAGAUUUCAACAUAUAUGUCCAAACCAAUUUGAGUGAUACAUACCCCAACGGCCUCCCUGUCGACCAAACCGAUUUCCUUCCGGCCCUCAGGGGGUUCAUGAACACUCCAGAAUUUUUGCUGAGGCAUCAAGGCAAAAUCGGCUUGUUCCGAGGUGACACACCAGAACAAGACGAACUCAGGUACAUCCAGUUCGAACUCACAUCUACGUACCGGCCACCAACUGCUGCCAGUACGACACGCCCAGUCUUGGACAGUUGGGAAGACUUCAUGGAUGCUGUUAAUGCUGAUGCAAGGGCUGCUGGGCUUGACGAAGUCAGCAAUGGAUUCCAGACAGGGAGGGCGGCUUGGGUCUGGCUCUUCUCCCAGGAGUCACUGGUUGACAGUGCGAUUCAGGGCAUCUUCAUCGUGUUUGCGAUCGCCUUCGUGAUCCUGAACGUUGCCUCAGGAAACGUGAUCAUAUCUAUUAUCGCGAUAACAACUGUGGCAGGCAUCGUUGCUACAGUGAUGGGUGUCUGCGUGAGUGCCAUGAUGGGGUGGGAGUUCGGCGUGGCCGAGUCCAUAGUCUCCGUCAUCCUGAUCGGGUUCUCAAUGGACUACUCACUCCACUUGGCAGAUUCCUACAUCGAGAGCGAGCGCACGAGCAGAAUGGACCGGACUCAAGACGCCUUGACGCGCCUCGGGAUCUCAGUCACGGCUGGCGCCAUCACCACCCUCAUCUCGGGCGUCUUCCUGUGGGGAGCCAUCCUUACCUUCUUCACCAAGUUCGCCUUCAUGAUCACGGCGACGAUCGUCGUGUCGUACCUCUGGAGCAUGCUCUUCUUCCCGUCCAUGGCCAUGACCUUCGGUCCGGAGGGCAACUGGGGGGACUGGUCGACGCUGAUCACCGUCAUCAAGGGGUUGUGCUGCGGUGGCAGCGCACCAGAGGGCAGUGCGGUUUGA